GAUAGGCAGAAGGAUGAGAAAAAUGUACUUGUGCAUUCUGCUUUGUAUCUCUGAGUGACGUGAAAGGUCUGCCUCUCUUACAGGAAGUGGAUAUUGGCCUAGCAGCUGACGUUGGCACUCUGCAGCGCCAACCUAAAGUCAUUGGGAGCCGCAGCCUGGUGAAUGUUGGCUCUGACAGCGAGGAAGAUGUACACCGAUGAGGCCAAGGAAAGUGGAUUAGUCAGCCAUGUAUUUCCUGGACAAGGAGGCGUUGAUGGCUGGAGCUCUGGAGAUGGCAGGGGAGACAGCAGGCCGCAGCUCUGUGGCUGUCCAGGGAACCAAGGUCAACCUGAUCUACUCCAGACACCACAGUGGGGCAGAGGGCCUGAACUACAUUGGAACGUGGAACAUGAGCAUGCUGCAGAAGGAUGAUGUCAUGAAGUCAGCUGCGGCCUCCAUGGAGAAGAAGAGUCCUAAAACAAUAACUUUCUCCAAGCUCUGAAGCUGAGCUGCAGAAAGAGGCCCGGAGUUAAACUUUUCUUAGCCGAUGGAAAGUCAGGGGGAGAAGGGGAAUGUAUGGAGGGGGGUGUAGAAAGUUAAAUUAAAGGGAUUCCUUUAUCUACUUAACCAGAGUCAAAUGAACUAGUGUAUACAAUUGUUAUGUCUCUGCGUCCAGUAUAAUGGAAGUUAGAUGUAGUUUGGGGCGUUAGCGCUAGAUUUCCAGUCUUUGCGCUAAGCUAGUUGGCGUUGGCUCGCGUAGAUACCUCGUAACUUCCUUCAGACUGGACUGAGAAACAUGCAAAUGGUAUCCGGGAGUUCAUCUGACUCUGGGUAGUUAGAUAAAGGGCGUCAUUGCCAAAAUUCUAAACGAUCAAUUUAAACAAAUAUAAAAAUGACCUCUUUCGCCUCCUGACUGCAUAUGUUUGUGUGUUGGUGCCUUUUUGUCUGUAUGAAUCACCAACCCUCCUCACACUCUUGUAAAUGUACAUAAAUGAUUGCAUCAUACAAAUGAACUGAGCCAAAGUGCCCUGUUUCUACAUGUUAAGUGUUUGUGCUGAGUUUUAGGCUUUGAGCAUACAAUUCAAUACCUAAAUAUGAAACUUAAGAAUCUUUCACCAAGCCAAUGCUCAUAGCGUCGCGUUCCAGUUUGGACCACUGCCACCGUUGGAGGAGAUAUGCCUAUUCCCCAGACUCACUUGCCGCGUCUUCAUUACGCUCAAUUGCCAACUUGUUGACUAUAAAUACGCACAGUGGGCAUCAGGGGUGGACUAAAAACGUUGGUCACGCCUUAAAAGCAGAGAUUCUCCUUGCAUUGAGACGGCAAGGUGAUCUGACCAUAGUGUAGACCCAUAUCAGUAGGUCAGAGGUCGUUGUUGGAGGCCUGAAGAUGCUUCUGUCUCCCAGCCGUUGUAUCAUCCUUCUUCUCCUUGUCAACUCCGUCUAUUCUGGUACGUUAACGAUCCAUAAUGACCUGAGCAUUUAACAACAACAAAAUACUUAAAUGAUCAAAUUCAUGAGACGGCAGGGUGGGGUAGGUUGAGGCAGCCUUGUUUCUAGGAAACCAUACACAAAAUUAAUCAGUUGAACAAAUAUUCAGAAAGAGGUCAUUUCAUGAAGAAACCACAUGGAACAACUGGACGAGUUCUGAGGAAGAUUAAGGAGCGCGUGCGUAAAAUUCAGUAUGAAAAAGCGAAGAAGAAUGUGCUGAUGAGCGCAGUCAACGGACAUAAACCCAUAUGCGAAGUGAGAGACGGGAAAAUUCACCAACCCCUGGACCACUUCGACAGUCAAAAUGAUGAAACCUUUCCUCAGAGGUUUUUAGUGAAUGAAGCCUAUUGGGAGCGUCCUCAUGGCCCAGUGUUCCUGUUCAUCGGAGGGGAGGGCCCCAUCUCUGAGUUCGAUGUGCUGGCAGGCCACCAUGUGGACAUGGCUGAGGAGCACGGGGCCCUGCUUGUGGCCCUGGAGCAUCGUUUCUACGGCGAGAGCAUCAACAAAGACGGCCUGGAGACUGAGAACCUGGGAGACCUGUCCAGCCAGCAGGCUCUCACCGACAUCGCAGAAUUCCAUCAAUACAUCAGCGAUCGCUUUGACCUCUCCGACAAAAAUACCUGGAUCAGCUUCGGAGGUUCCUAUGCUGGGGCCUUGUCUGCCUGGCUCAGGGGAAAGUUCCCCCACCUGGUCUACGGUGCUGUGGCCUCCUCCGCUCCUGUCAAAGCCAAACUGGACUUCUCCGCCUUCAACAAAGUGGUGGGUCUAAGUCUUGCGAACGAGGACGUUGGAGGUUCAGAUAAGUGUGUGGGGGACAUCUGGGAGGCCUUUGCUGCCGUGGAGGCCGCCCUGUUUGCGGGGAAAGCCACUGAGGCUGGGAAGGAUUUUGGGUGCUGUGAGACCCCUGAGGAUCUGGAGGACCAGAUCGAGCUGAUGCAGAGCCUGGCUGACAUUGUCAUGGGAACCGUGGCGUACAACGAGGAGGGGGGCAUCCUGACUAUUGAGGACCUCUGUGACAUCAUGACCAAUGAGACAGAGACCUUCGAUUCAGAGACUGAGGCCUACGACCGGCUGAUCAAACUGGUGCAGAUAGACCGUGCCACUGGCGAGGAGCCCUGUCUGGAUACGUCCCACAAGCAGACCAUCAAGGACUUGAGAGACACCAAUCUGGACUCUGCCUACAAUGGAGCGAGACAGUGGUACUACCAGACCUGCACUGAGUUCGGCUUCUACCAGACGUGUGAGGACGCCAGCUGUCCCUUCUCCCGCAUGCUGACCCUACAGGCUCAGACUGACCUGUGUCCUGAGGUGUUCAACAUCCCCCAGCACAGUCUGCCCGGACACAUCGCCUUCACCAACAAGUACUAUGGAGGAGACCACCCCGACACUGACAGGGUGCUCUAUGUCAACGGUGACAUUGACCCCUGGCAUGAGCUCAGCGUCCUGGAAGAGGACUUGGACAAGGAGGACGAAGACAUGACCAUCCUCAUCGAGGGCACCGCCCACUGUGCCGACAUGAACCCCGAUGGCGUCGCAGACCGCCCCGCCCUGAAGCAGGCCCGCAAGGCCAUUGAGAGGAAGGUUGCCAAGUGGCUGAAGGAAGCUGCCAGGAAGCUUAUGGACUGAUGCACCCAACGACAGGUCACCUGAUCAUCUGACUGUCAUGACCAUCACUCAGCCAAUUAAACUGAUCUGACCUGGUUGUACUGCGGUGACCCCUCCUCCUGUUCCUGUAGCUCCGUGCUCAUAUUACAAAUUUCUGUACCAUUACUAUAACCACAACUAUGGCCCCUACAGCAAAUCACUUCAUGUGUGUGCAUGUGCUUGUUUGUGUGUGUCAAACUUUGGGCAGUGAAUCACAUGGUGCUGUUUCCUGAGCCCAUCUCUUCAUGUUUAUUCCCAUGAUGAUCACAUGACCAUUGGGUCAGGUCCUCUAAGGUGGCGUUCUUCGGGUGGUUUUUCUAACGUUUUUCUAGUGUUUUGCUUCAGUUUUUCUAGUGUGCUUGAAUUUACUCCAGUAUAUAAGUUUCAGGGCAGGUGGGGGCAGAGCCCCAUGUGUUUUGAGCCCCACAUUUUUAGCAAAAAAAUAAAAUUAAAAUAAUAAUUUGUAUUUGUAUUUUUUUUGGACUUGCCUGUUUUGCAUGUUAUUUUGGCAUUAAUACGUGUCAUAUAUCAGUUUUCUAACAAUAUUAAAAAAUAUAGAAAUUAUUGAGUUAAUAAAGCAGCACACAAACAUGG